CAGAAAACCUUUCCUUCGUAUAAAGGCCGCGACUGAAUGGCUGGGUGACCCGUCGCCGAGUCCCACUCUCCGUCUGCGCUGCUGCCUCUGCUCAACAGUCUUGCGCUACUACCCAACUCAACGCACACGAAAUGGCUGGUGGACCCUCAGGUGGAACUGAAGGAGGGAUUGCGAAUGCAUCCCUCGGAUGGGCGAUCAUCAUGAGCGCCUUCGCCGCGUUCGGCGGUAUCCUCUUCGGAUACGACACUGGCACGAUCGGAGGUGUCAUUGCCAUGCAAGACUGGCUGAAUGUCUUUGGUACGCUCGACACCACGGGCCAGCUGGGCAAGGACACCCACGGUCGGUACAUCACCACGGCUGACAAGAGUCUCGUCGUCUCCAUUCUGUCUGCUGGUACCUUUUUUGGCGCUCUCUUGGCAUUCCCGAUGGGUGACCGCGUCGGUCGCAAGAACGGUCUCAUCGCCUCUGUCGUCAUCUUCUCGCUUGGCGUUGGUCUGCAGCUGGACACCCGCUGGGCUACUUUCGUCGUCGGCCGUGUCAUUGCUGGUCUCGGUGUCGGACUCGUCUCCUGCUUGGUGCCGAUGUACCAGUCCGAGUGCUCGCCCAAGAGCAUCCGUGGUCUGAUCGUCGGAUGCUACCAGCUGGCCAUCACCAUCGGCGCGCUCCUCGCGGCCAUCGUCCUCAACUCGACCAAGAACCGCGCGGACCACUCCGCAUGGCGCACGCCCAUCGCUGUCCAAUUCGCCUGGGCCUUCAUCCUCGGCGGCGGCAUGGCCCUGCUGCCCGAGUCCCCGCGUUACCUCGUCCACAAGGACCGCAUCCCCGCCGCCCGCGCCGCGCUUGCCCGCCUCACGAACACCUCCCCGGACUCCCCUGCCGUCGAUGCUGAGCUGGCAGAGAUCAGUGCGGCGCUCCAGGAGGAGCGCUCCCGCGGCAGUGGCUCGUACAUGGACUGCUUCCGCAACAACGAGAUGAAGAACGGUCUCCGCACCUGGACUGGUAUCAUGCUCCAGGGAUGGCAGCAGCUGACCGGUAUCAACUUCAUCUUCUACUACGGCACGACGUUCUUCCAGAGCGCCGGCAUCGGCAACCCCUUCAUCAUCACGAUCAUCACCGACGUCGUCAACACCGUCAUGACCAUCAUCGGCAUCCAGCUCAUCGACCGCGUCGGCCGUCGCCGGCUGCUCCUGAUCGGCGCCGCGGGGAUGAUGUUCUGCGAGUACAUCGUCGCGAUCGUCGGUGUCACCGCUGGGCAGACCAACGCGACCGGCGGCGCAGUCAACAUCGCCGCCCAGCGCGUUCUGAUCGCUUUCGUGUGCUUCUACAUCGCGUUCUUCGCCACCUCCUGGGGCCCCGUCGCGUGGGUGAUCACGGGCGAGAUCUUCCCGCUCAACAUCCGUGCGAAGGGCAUGUCGCUGUCCGUCGCGUCGAACUGGCUCUGGAACUUCGCGAUCGGAUACGCCACGCCCUACCUCGUCGACACGUCCACCAAGGGCCAGCCGAACGGCGUCGCCACCGCCGCGCUGCACGUCAAGGUGUUCUUCAUCUGGGGCUCGACGUGUCUCGGGUGUCUCAUCUUCACGUACUUCUUCAUCCCCGAGACGAAGGAACUCUCGCUCGAGCAGAUCGACCUGUUGUACAAGGAGUCUUCCGUGCGCAACUCGAACAAGUACCGCCAGCAGAUCCUCGCCUCCGACAAGACCUUUGCCCACGACAAGGCCUCGUCGUCGCACGACGAUCACUCCGCCGAGGUCAAGGUCUAAGCAGUGCAAUAAUCCCCACGUUUUUUUCUUGGUUUUACGAUACAUUAAUGACCUUUAUUCGCGAUGGGAUAACUAAGUCGUCUAGUUGUACUUUUAGCCGCUUCAUACCAGCGCUCCCAAAAAAACAAGCAUUUUCA